UGUCAUUAAAGAGCUCGCCAGAGGAAGACGUUCUGCAGUUAUGUAGCUCAAAUACGGUGGUCCCGAACAUGCUGGGCCUGGCUACUAUGAGCUAGCUUUUACGGCUUCUUUUGGGCUCAAGAAGUUGUUUGAAGGCGGCUGUAUUUUGCGUUUGUCAAACAGGUAGCUAAUUGAGGUAGCCGCAUGCUAGCAGGCUACAGUGAGUUUGGGAUGCGCCGCAAUUUUGUUUCUCUCUCUCACUCGUCUCGGCUAGCGGCGUGAGGGAGCUGUCGGGGCAGCUAACCUCGCUGCUGUAUGUUGAUUUCUUGUUCUUUUACAUCCCCCCCCACCCCCUCCAUUGGAAAAUAAGCUGCUACCCCCACCCUCGUCGCCAGAUCAAGUAUCCAGCUGAGAUGUGGCAAAGUGUGGGGCUUACAUUGCUGGUCAUUGUGGCCACGCUACUUUGUGUUCUUAUCUUCAUGUUGUGCGGUUGGUAUGUGGUCUGGCAGCUCUUCUUGUCCAAGUUCAAGUUUCUGCGCGAGCUCGUCGGGGACACGGCCGCCCCGCGGGCGCAAGCGCAACCGUCCGAAAGCGAGAGCGAACGCGCCGCUAACGUCGCCACACGCAACCGUCCCAGAACUGCACGCCAAAGAGUUUCCUUCCCGCAGAGCACCUCGUAGAUCACCACUGACCGUGCACCUUACACUAAACAAGGACAUUUCCUGACUGACAACUCAGUAGGAGACCAGCUCUGAUCUCCUCGCCUCUUGGGGGCAAAAGCCAUUUUGCAGCGCCAUCCAUUUCUAGAUGUCAAUCAUCUUCUGUAGAUACACUCACCUAUGGCAAACCAUUUGAACAUUAAUUCACUAUCCUACCAGUACUUCCUGAAUUGUCCAUGUACUACAUUUUUGUCCUCGAUGGUAACGCAAUUAAGAGCACUAGUUGAACAACUAUGCCUUACUAGUGAUUUCCCCCCCCCCCCCCCCCCACUACUUUUCGUGUGAGAUUGAUGUGCAUUAUUAGAAUGACUGAUAACUGUCAAUAUACAGCACUUCAUUUAUAUAGAUAUCUGGAAGUAUUGACAUUUUCAAAAGCUCACUUCUACAGCAAUGUCCCAUCACUGGUGAGCUGUUUUUGCAAAAGGUCCGAGAGCUACUUAUGUGGUCCUUGGGGGCACCAUGUUAGUGACUGCAGAUGUAGUACUUCUAUUAGUGCGCCCUAGUCAUUUUACUAGUGCGCAGAAUGGUCAUGCAGUAGUGGGGAACAAAAAUGUCACGAGUAAGACUCGUUCUACUAGUGCGCUGAAUUGUCUUAUUAGUGAGGACAACUAUUGACAGAGUGCUUUAAAAAAAACAGCUGCAGCUGCGACAAAAGAGCUUCACAUAAGAUCAAACAAUAAAUGAAAGACGUCCCGAGGUUUAUUCCCUCUUGGUGCACAGUCUACAAAGCACGUAAGCGUACAUGGACAAUUCAGUGCAAUAGUCGGAUAGCAAAUCAAUUCUCAAAACAGCUUGCCAUACUCACCAGCCACUUUAUUAGGUACAACCACACUUUCUCAUGGGCCCCCCUAGUGUGUAGCCAUGGAGUGUAUAUUCUUAGUAAGCACACUACCUGUGGAGUGCAAUGACAGGAACACCUGUGAUCGACUGACCCAGUGGAUGACAUGUAAUGGAGCUUCAUUUCCAGGUUAAAACGGCUUACAUAUCUUUAAAAAAACAAACAAAAAAGAAACACACACACGAUGCACACCCAAAAAGGUGUUUACAAGGAACUGAUGGUGUUAAGUUGUGUGGUGUUUUGAUGCUGCUACACACGACACAAGCUGACAUCCCGGAGCGCCAAAUGGACGCUGCCUCCUGCAGAAAGGCUGCCCGUGUGGAGUCCAAACCUAUCCCCCUUUCCCCGGACGUUGUCCCCGCGCCAGUGUCUUGUCUAGAUGGUGUCCACAGUUUUUGUUUUCUCAUUAUCCCCUUUUUGUUCUUCUGCAACGAGGCUAAAUCAACGACGAGAAAGGCCUUGUCGAUAUUUGUCAUCCACUUUCCCUCCAGGUUAAUUGUAUAAUCUGUAUCUUGCACCUUUUGAUUAAUGAUGAUUAUCAUUUCUGUGGCACAGCUGCUGCAAACCAAACAUGUUGAACUUAGUCCUCUUCUCUGCUCAAAUGGAAGCUCUGUGUCCUCAGCUGUUUUUUUUUAUA